AUGUCUAUACAAUACCCGAAGCAUGGAAUACAACUCCAUAAGUGCCUCACCACUAUGUCUGGCCCGGGUCUCGAACAUGCAACAAAUCCUCACAUACCCGUCCCUCACCCUGGCUGUUGGAUGUCCAGGAUAGAUUCCGCAAUUCCAGACAGCGGAAUGGUUAAAGUAAUUUUGGUCAUCGGGGCCGUGUGGUUGGCCAAUAUGAUCCUCGGCGACGUCCUGGUAUCUCCUUUCCAGUACAGAAAGGGUAGAAAGAAUGAGUUCGGAGACGUCGUUUGCAUCUCUCACGUCGAAGAAGAGGCAGAUGAGAUUCCUAUUUGUCGCAUCGACCAUCACUCCCUCCAUGAAAAGGGUUAUUUUGCGCCUCUGCUCGGCUGGGUGUAUACGGCUCCUAUUUAG